AUGCCAGUGAUCAUUCAGCUGCUCGCUCGGCAAACAAUCACAAUAAUGUUCAAUGUUGGCGAACUGAUAAUCCGUAGAUCGGUCAAUUUGGUGCUGGAGAUGGUGCAAGCGUCGAAACCCUCACUUCCUACUAAGAUGAACUGCCAGAUCAUUGCAGCGACUACGAAUUCUAGCUUUUUCCAUUAA